AAUCUUAUCGGUAUUCCCUUAUCCCGGACCAUCGCAAUAUAUUUUUAUUUCACCGUUGCUAAAAGCAUUGGCCGAAAAAGGCCAUGACGUGACGUCGAUUUCAACAUUUCCCCAAUAGAAGCCGUUUAAAAAUUUCCGCGAUAUUGCUGUUAUGGAAAAUGCCCAAAUGUAUGAUGACUACACCACCGAUGCAGCUGACACAAAAAAUAAAAAUCUCUUUGAGGAAUAUAUCGAUUUUGCCGAAUUCGGCGAAAGAGUGACAAGCAAUAUAUUUGAAAAUCCCCAUGUUAAGGAAGUAAUGAAAACCGAGCAAUUCGAUUUGAUAAUUGUGGAAGUGCUGAUGUCUGAAUCCCUCUUGGGUUUGGGUGAAUAUUUCAAAGCUCCAGUGGUGGCCGUUUCAACAUUUGGCACCAUAAGUUUCAUUGACUAUUUGGUGGGGAAUGUAUCACCUCUCUCAUAUAUACCACACAUGAGUUUACCCUAUAAAAACCCUAUGUCCGUGUGGCAAAGAUGUGUCAAUGUCAUUUCGGAACUUAUUGACAAUUUUUUGGUAAAUUAUUUCAUUUUACCCUCCCAAGAGAAAGUGUAUCGAAAAUAUUUUCCCACUGCCAAAUUAAGUUUGAAUGAGGCCCGUAAAAACGUCUCCUUGGUUAUGAUAAAUGACCACUUUACACUGCGCCAACCACGGCCGUUUGUACCCAACAUGAUUGAAGUUGGUGGAAUGCAUAUUAAACAAAAACCAGAACCACUGGAGGAUGAUCUGCAAGAAUUUCUCGAUAAUGCCAAGGAAGGUGUUAUCUAUUUCUCCAUGGGUUCCAAUGUCAAGAGUAAAGAUUUGCCCAAAGAAAAAUUACGAAUUUUGCUGGAUACCUUCAGGGAAUUAAAAAUCAAAGUUUUGUGGAAAUUUGAAUUGGAAGAAUUGCCGAAUAAGCCAGAUAAUGUUCUCAUACGCAAAUGGUUCAAUCAACCCUCCAUAUUGGCCCAUCCCAAUGUUAAGCUGUUCAUUUCGCAUGGCGGUUAUUUGAGCACCACCGAAACAAUAUUCCAUGCCAAACCGAUAUUGGGCAUACCACGCAUGGCCGAUCAAUUUAUGAAUGUGAAAAAUGCCAUCCAUGCUGGAUUUGCUUUAAGCGUACGCCUCGAAGACAUGACUAGGGAAUCAUUUAAAGCGACAAUUUUGGAAUUAUGGCAAAAUCCAAAAUAUACCCAAGCUGUGCGUCGCCUCUCGAAACGUUAUCGUGAUCAACCAUUAACGCCCCUGCAAAAGGCUUUGUUUUGGACAGAAUAUGUCUUACGCCAUGAUGGAGCUGUGCACAUGCGCAAUGCUGGCCAAGAUUUAUCAUUUGUGGCCUAUAAUAAUAUUGAUGUGUAUCUGUUGUUAUUUUUAGUAUUUGUAAUUGUUUGUAGUUUAUUGAUUUAUUUAGUAAAACUAUUUUGUGAAAUAUUUUCAAAACUAUUCUUAAAACAACAGAAAAGAAAACCCGAAUAAACUUUUAUAAAAAUUA